AUGACUUCCGUACCGAGGAGCUAUUGCGAGUAUUCUGACGAGGAAGUCGAGGCAGCAAGAAGAUACGAAGGUGCACAGAGAGCAUUAUGGGAAUUCAGAGUGGACGAGUAUGCCCGCGAGUUUUACGAGGAUGUAAGAUCCCCAACGCCAGAUGAUCCCUUCGAAUUAACUUGUACUGUGACGCUGGAUGGGGAACAAUAUAAAUGCACUUUCGACGUCGAGCUAUGGGAGAUCGAUCCCGCUCGUUCUCGUUCCCGCGUAAACUGGGAUUUGCCGGGAAAAGUCGAGGUUACCUAUAUUGCAGACGGAUCGAUCCGAAGACACAAAACUAUUGAUUUGAUAUUAGAAGACCAAUACGGGUCUGGAACUGUUGGGAUCUUCAUAGACAAUUGGGACGACAUGGAAAUGGAUAUCUUAUGGAACGACUACCUUCUCAUUUUCCUUAAAUUCGAUGAGAAUACAAUCARAUAUCAUAAUCCUGACACUCCUUACCUGCUAGAGGUAGUCGAAGACGUGGUGAAGCGUCAUUUCGAGAUCUACGCCAGUCCCCAAGCGAGCCGAGGACGAGAAUUUGAGGGUUAUGGAUUUGUUAACAAUGAAGAAGAGGCUGACGAGAUACCAAGCCUGUCGCAGUCCGACGCGUCCUCCGUGUCAUACUGA